AUGGCACUGAGCGGGAGACACCUGAGGGUGGGCGCCGACAUCUGGGUGCCGUGGGUCGACCUACGCCGACAGAAGGACGGGUCCCUCGGCGCCUCCGGGGUCGCCGCCGCCUUCUUCGACAUCAUCGCCGCUAAGCUUAACUUCUCGUACACCUUAGUGAUGCCCGAGGACAGGGAGUGGGGGCGGGGACUUCCAAACGGCUCCUUUACUGGCAUGAUCGGGAUGUGUCAGCGGGAGGAAGUGGACAUGGCACUGGGGCCCUUCGGAGUGACGUGGGAGCGUGCCCAGGUUGUGGACUUCUCAUCCACGCUUUACGUCGACGGCUUUGGGAUUUUCCUGCCGCGGCCACGUCAGGAGAGAGACUUAGCUGGCUUCACCAACCCUCUCGCUUGGCAGUUGUACGCAAUUAUCUGGCAGAAAGAACCUGAAGACUGUCUCCAUGGAAUCGAAUCGUCACAUUUUAUAUAUCCCCUCAGGUAUGGGCAUCUCUUGGGGCCAUCCUUCCUCUUUACACUCGCCCUAGGCAUUGUUAUGAACUGGUUAGCCAGACGAUGCUUCAGGGCAACGGAUGACGCUGCUGUGGACGAUCAGGGCGAUGUUGUUUUACGCCCCCUCUGGGUCGUGCAGGCUUUGCUCAUUGAAUCCAUCGAGAAGCUACCGAGUCGCUCCAGCAGCCGCGCCCUCCUCGCCGCUUGGCUCCUGGCCGGGCUCAUCCUCAGUUCGGCGUACAGGGGCGUGCUCACCUCCCUGCUCGCCGUGCCCAGGGUGACCGUGCCCGUCGACUCGCUCGAGGAUCUGGUCAGCUACGGCAAGAUCCCCUGGGCUAACGAGAAGGGCACGUCGCUGCACCAGCUCUUUGGGGCCAAAAAGUAUAUGGACGCCACUUCGGGCUUGUACAAGACGAUCCACGACAAAGGGACGCUGGUCGUGAAUGCGUACGAGGCGAGAGAGAGGAUCAAGAGGGAACGCAUGGCUGUCCUGUGUGAUUUCUUCACCAUGAGGAAGAUUAUGAGUGACGACUUCACACAAACGGGCGCAUGCAACUACUACAUCGCUGCAGACCCCAUCAAGAUGGCAGCGCUGGUGGAGUCUGGCAUGGUCAGCCGCAGCGUCCUGGCACUGACCUCGAAUGCCACAGCUUGCCUGGUGGCUCCGGGGAAGGAGGAGGGAGCCAAAGGGUCACUGGUGUUCACCUUGAUUGACCUCGCCGGCGCCUUUUUGCUUCUUGCUGGAGGCGAGUUUAAGGACUGGGUUCGAGGUCUGCUGUUGGCCGCCGCAGUACUCUUGGCCGAGAAACUCAAAGGCUCUGCCUGCAAAAUGUAG